UCGAAGAAGACCAGAAAAGCUGAUUGACUGGUAGCUCAAGAAAGAAAGAAGAGAGAAAGUAAACAGAGUAAGAGGAGAGAUAGAGAAAGAAGAAGUUUGUGUCUUUUCAAGAUGCCGGUUGAAUUAGAUGACUCCUCUACUGUUUCCGGCGACGCAAGCGUGUCGUCUUCCACCGGAAACCAAAACCAAAACCCAACUCCACAAUCCGUCGUGAAGAAGAAACGGAACCUCCCAGGAAUGCCUGAUCCAGACGCAGAGGUGAUAGCUUUAUCACCCAAAACUCUAAUGGCAACAAACAGAUUCGUCUGCGAAAUCUGCAGCAAAGGGUUUCAACGAGACCAGAAUCUUCAGCUCCACCGUCGCGGUCACAACCUUCCGUGGAAGCUCCGACAGAGAACGAGCAAAGAAGUGAGGAAGAAAGUGUACGUUUGUCCUGUGUCGGGGUGUGUUCAUCACGACCCGUCACGUGCUCUUGGAGAUUUAACUGGGAUCAAGAAACACUUUUGUCGGAAACACGGGGAGAAGAGAUAUAAGUGCGAGAAAUGCUCAAAGAGUUAUGCUGUUCAAUCUGAUUGGAAAGCUCAUUCCAAGAUUUGUGGUACUAAGGAGUAUAGAUGCGAUUGUGGAAUUCUCUUUUCUAGGAGGGAUAGCUUUAUAACGCAUAGAGCUUUCUGUGAUGUGUUGGCUGAAGAGAGUGCCAAGAAGAAUCAUACUCAAAGUAAGAGACUUUAUACUGAAACAGUCAUAAGUAAGAAUGUCUCAGAAUCUGAGCAUAAAUCUCCGGCCGACGUUGUUUCUCCUCCUCCUCCUUCUCCGCUGUCUGUAGCACCGGCUGUUUCUGCUGAGACCGAGCCUGAACAUGAGCCCGAGCCUGCCAAUAUCAUAUCCUCCUCGGUUUUGCCGAUUAGAGAUUCUUCAGAUGAUACAGAAAACAACACUCUUGAAGUCAUUAUGGAAGAAGAAGCUCCGAGAACGAUCGGUUUGAAUGGGAGCAAUGAUGACAGUAACAACAACAAGACCGUGUACGCAGGCUUGUUUGCAUCAUCAUCCACAGCUUCACCUAGUUUAUAUGCUGCUUCCUCAACUCAUUCCCCAAGUCUAUUCCCACCAUCUUCCUCCAUGGAACCCAUAUCUCUCUGUCUCUCGACGACGAGUCCUUGUUUAUUUGGAGCAACCUUACAAGAUCCACCACCACAUUUCCUAACCCCUCCACCUCAACCAGCUAUCUCAGCAACCGCAUUGCUUCAAAAAGCUGCCCAGAUGGGUUCCACUAGUUCAGGAGGUUCGUUGCUUCGCGGGUUAGGCAUAGUGUCAACUACUUCUUCACCUAUGGAACUCAGCAGCCACGAUGCUGGGUUUGGUCUUGGCCUGGGACUACCUUGUAGUAGCGGAACGGGUCUGAAAGAGCUAAUGAUGGGGAACUCUUCAGUGUUUGAUCCGAAGCAGACAACACUUGACUUUCUCGGAUUGGGAAGAGCUGUUGGUAAUAAUAAUCCUGGUGGUGGGUUGUCUUCUGCUCUGUGGGGAGCUGGAAUGGAUGUGUUUGGAAGUGGCAAAGACAUUGGUAGAAGAAGCUCGUAA